UAUGAGGAAGUAGACGGCAGUAGUGAACGUAGAUGAAGUAUGGAGAGUCCAGAGUUAAAUUUUACUUUGGCCUACAUAGUGUUCUCUCUCUGCUUCGUGUUUACGCCCAAUGAGUUCCGAACGGCCGGUUUAACCAUCCAGAACCUGUUCUCGUCCUGGCUGGGGAGUGAGGAUGUGGGCUUCACCCAGUACCACAUCAGGAGGACCAGCAUUACCGUACUGGUCCAUUCCGCACUUCCUUUAGGUUACUACAUGGGGAUGUGUAUCGCUGCUCCAGAAAAAAACCUGGGAUACAUUCACCAGGUGACCACAUAUCACGUCUACAUGGCCUUACAGAGUGAUUGUCAUGUGACGGUGACAGAGUCUAGACAGCACCAGCUUAGUCCAGACUCGGUCUCCCCUGCACAGAUCUUGACUCUGAGAGUGGAAAGCAUCAACCCGGCUGUCAGAUCCUUUGAUAUCAGGCUUAACUCUACAGAGUAUGCAGAGCUCAGAGAGAAGCUCCAUGCUCCCAUCAGAAACUCAGCCAAUGUAGUGAUCCACCAAACCAUCAGUGAACUCUUCCUGGAAACAUUCAGAGCUCAGGUGGACCUCAACCAGCCAUACACACUCCCCAGUGGACAGGAGAUGGAGCCCUGUAUUGGCUGUAUGCAGGUUCCGGCAAACACCAAGCUCGUCAGUCUCUGCCACACAGAAGGGGCUCAGAAUGAGUCAGAGUGCCAGCAGUGUUUCUGUAGACCCAUGUGGUGUCUUUCCUGUCUGGGUCGAUGGUUUGCGAGCCGCCAAGACCAGCAAAGACCUGAGACCUGGUUGUCCAGCAGGGUCCCCUGCCCUACCUGUAGAGCCAGAUUCUGUAUACUGGACGUCUGUGUGGUGCGCUGACAAGACCCACAUACAGAUCUGAAGUUAGGUGCGUUUUUAAGCAACAUACAGCAAAAAUCCUCUGGAGGAGGAGUGGACAGGACACUGGACUGAACUUGGUUAUGUACCUGCCUAUUCUGUGCUUUCAAUAAGGAGAGAUCAUUUAGAGUAAUGAUGUAACACUUUCAAAAACAUUUGGUUUGAACCUCAACAUAGUGUAAAGUGGCAUGAUCAGUGUGACAUUUUGCUUGUUUGGUGUUUGAUCCCGAAAAUCAAAGGGAAAAAAUAUGAUGUAGAAACUUGAAGCCACCAGUGCACAUACACUGAGAAUGGACUUAGAUAUCGUGCGUCUAGCAAGAAAACCCAAAAUUGACCCAAAUUUGUAUAUUCAUAGUUUUUUAAUGAGAUAGAAGGAGUAGAUGACUCCAAGGGUUUUAAUGUGGAAAUUGUACUUUUUUUUUAACCUGACAAUGUCAGGGUAAGCCAAUCCUCAGCGUAGGUGGCUAAUAAAUGAUGUGGUAUUGGAUGGCAUACUUGAUACACAAUCCUGCAUUUUAGGCAGUAUCGGAGGGAUUUCAAAUACUGCUAUCAGCAUCCUUCAAUCAUUUCAGUUGUGGUUUAAAUAAUAGGACAUUUGUUGACAAAUUUGUUGUUGUUCACAGAUCCCAUUGUUGGUAUGAUGCAUCGUUUCUAACAUCUUUGCAUUGGUAAAAAACUAUUUGUAUAUAAUUAUUUGUUGACAUCCUAAGCCUUUAUUAUAUAGAAAUGUGACCAGUAAUUUUAUUUGUACAUUGAUAUCUCCUCUUCAAACUGUUCCUCAAGCUGCUGAAGAAGAACUAAAAUAAUAAAGUCAAACUACUUGUACCACA